AUGGAACGGCUCGGACAGCAUGAAGAAGAAUUCACCAAUUUCAUGCACAGGGUGAACGAUGUGUCGAACAUAGUGUCAAAGUUGUCGUCGUCCGAUAAAAAUCUGCAAGAGAUCGGCGAUUUGGAGGCACGAAAUUUUUUGGGCGAAAGCAGUGAGACCAUCGAUGAACGCGAUGUGGUGUUAAAAAUACGUUCCGAUAAAACUGUUAUUAAUAAAAGAAACGACGAAUGUUCCGACCCAAAUCAAAUAUCUAAAGAGGCUUUCAUGGAAGCAAUUGCCAAGGACGCGGAUAGAAGGCAUCAAGACCGAAUAACAAGAACCGAAAGAAUGGAAACGUUUAAGAAGCAGGGAAAUUUAGCGUUUCGCAGAGGAAACUACGAAAAAGCGCUAACACUCUUUACCAAGGCUAUCGGGAAAAUUAAAGACAGCACCCUACUGUAUAACAAUAGAGCGCUGACCUACAUAAAACUGGGAUGCUAUGAGAAGGCUAGAGACGAUUUGAUCAAUUGGGCCCUAAAAACCAAUGAGGAUUGUUUGAAAUCUUGGCUUCUGUUGGCGAAGAUUUAUCACCUAACGGAAAAGCCUCAAGAAUUACAAGAUGCCGUCAGAGAAGCGAUUGCCAGAAAUCCCGAGAAGGAAUCUUUUAUUACAGAAUACAUCAACCAAUUUGAAAAUUAAACUAAAAAUUAAAAGAAAAAACAUAUAUCGGCUUUAAUAGAUGUAAUUGUUAUUAAAUAAUAAUAAAUUUAUUGGAC